CCUAGGCCGUACCCAAAGCUCCGCACGAUCCGGAGGACUGGGGAAUGCCCGAGGCCAGGAAAGCCGCACGGGUUAAGGUCAUGAAGCAGCGGAGCACCGCCAAGGCCUAGAGCGACCCGGCUCUUCGAAUCUAGUUCCCCCUCCGCUUCCAGCUUCCGGGAGGGGCGCGACUUCCGGUUCCGGCGGUGGGCGGCAAAGCUCGGAGCCGCGCUGCUGCUUUCCCUGUUCCGGAGCUGGUGGAGGGGCUUGGAGCCUCGUCGCUAGCCGCUCCCGCCUGUCCCCCCCACCUCCGCCCUCCUAGGGGCACCUGCGCAGGAUCUUGAGAAAUCCUUUUCCAGAGUUCUAGAAUGGAGACUGAAGGGUACCCAGAGACGCAAAGAAAUAGAGAAAUACGGACUGAUCAAAUAAGGUCAUCACCAAAUGAGAUGAUGGCUGAGGAGCCAGAAGACAUCCGAAUAGCAUCUCCUCUUGUCCAGGUUCCACCAGAGAGCCUUGAUGAAGACUCCGUAGAAGAUCUUGAGACCGUGCCACAAAGGAGUCCUCUCAACCCAGCAGCCUCCAGGCAGAGGUUCCGGAAGUUCCGCUAUGAGGAUGCAGCUGGGCCCAGGGGUGUCCUCAGACAUCUCCAGGAGCUUGCUGGACAGUGGCUGAGGCCUGAUAUUCACACAAAGGAGCAGAUUGUGGAAAUGCUAGUACAGGAGCAAUUCCAGUCUGUCCUCCCUGAGGAGCUCAGAGUGCGGGCGCAGGAUUGUCAGCCUGGGGUCAGAAUCACUGGCUAAGUCUCACUGCUUCCUCCUUGCUCAGCCUACAUGUGAGAAGUAACCAAAGGCUCUCUUUGUUGCAAGAUCCAACUGCAGUCAUGGGAAAUCUGAACCUCAGUUUUCUUUGAUCUUGCCUUUGACUAGCUGUAAUAAGAAUCCAUCAAAACCCACGUCUGGACCUUUUUUGGCUGAAGCAGCUGUUUCCUGGUACCGUGAACUCCAAAAUGAGUUUCCCUGCCCUCUUGUUAGGAUAAUCAGCCUGCUGCUUGUUUUUGCUCUGCUGAAUGCCUCCGUUUUUGCACUUUGUGACAUGCUUUAAUACAUUGUUUUUAUGUAUCCAGAGAGGUGACUGCUUCAAUGUUAAUAUUCUUGAUUCUUGCUGUGGUGGCAUGAAUGGAAGCUUCUGUAACCCCACCAGUAACUCAUUUGGGAUGUCCUUGAAAUAUUAAAGUUUGGUUUUUAAUAAAAA